AUGAAAAUAAACCUUCCCUCUCUCUCUCUCUCUCUCUCUCUCUCUCUCGGCAACAGAAUUUUUCACAGGAUAAUUAAUCUCACAAUAAUUUUCAUCAUUAUUGACACGACUACGUACGAAUACCCCAAACCAACCAGUUAUUUCCUCGACACUGUUUCUCUCCAACCCCCCUACACUCUUCUCUCUUUCUUUCUUUUCUCUCGCCUUCUCUCUCUCUCUCUUUUUCAUUCCUUCCAUAACCGAUCACUUCUUGGCUCCUUUCACCCCCGCUCCGCCUCAGCACCUCGCCGGCACAAAACUUCCCGACACUCGUCUUCGUCGUCUUCGACUCUUUACUCCACCCUCCUUCUCCUCCUGCUCUUCCGCCGUCGCCACCUCCUUCACCUUCUCCUCCUCCCCGCACGUCACCCCUACCCCCACUGCCGACCACCAUCCCAUCCAGAUACCGACCAGCCGACCCCGUCACUCCCCCAGCCUCUUUUACUGUCAGAACAAGACAGAGCGCUCCACAUCAAUGAUUAUGAAUUACACACGGCUUGUACAAGAGGGGAAUUACUACAACAAGCACGUGCUGCAUUUUCGCUUCUGCCAACCGUUGAAACAGCUGAGAAAAAGGAUUCGGUUCUCCAACGUACAAUAGGCACUUACAAUCCGCGGCCAGGAGUCCGGCGACACGACGUGCUGGGCACAGCACAAUUGAAGAAUGCUUGCACUCCUAAUUCAACUGGCCUUUAUUGCUGUCUAUUCAAUCUAUAG